AUUAUUAUGGUUCCAACAGGAGUGUUGUCAUGGUUUUGUUUUGAACGCGGUAAACUUGUGAUUUUAAUAUCAAUUAUUAUAUUUAAUGUAUUUGUAAUUAAUAUAAAAAGUUGAUCUACAUGAAAUGAUGACAUAUUGAGUAAAUUAAAUUUAAAUUAAUUAUAAUUAUAAUUAUAAUAAAGUAAAUAAAAAUGAUGAAAAUAUCGGCCUUGAAUGAGGAGUCCAGUGAGGAAAGUGAUGAAGAAAAUACGCCGACAAUUACUAAGGAAGCUCAGGAACAAAUUGCUCUGUCGGAGUAUAAUAAAGCACUGGAGCUGCGUAAAGAAAAUAAAAUAGAAGAUGCCUUGAGUAUAUUGAAAGAUUUGUUGGAGACUGAGCUGCUGGAUCAGGUGGAGAAACCUGAAGUACCUGAUGGACGAGCGCGGCCAAUGCUGUCGUUGAAGUACUGCUGUUUUAAGAAUAUCGGAGCCAUUUAUGGUCAGAUGGAAAAUUAUGAAGAAGCUAUCAAUAAUUAUUGGGAAGCUGCUAAUCUCGAUGCAACUGAUGUGAUGCUGUGGUGUCGUAUGGGCACUUUGGCGAUGAAAACUUCAAACCUAGAGUUCGCUUGCUCGGCAUUCAAACAAGGACUUAAUUGUAAUCCUAAUCACUGGCCUUGUUUGGAUAAUAUCAUUACAGCGACGUAUGCAGUACCGGAUUAUAUGAAUUGUCUUUUGUAUAUAUCGAUGGCUUUAGAAAGAGAUUCGAGUUAUAUAAAAGGUCUGGCAUUUCGUGAACAAAUUUAUAAAGAAGUACCGUAUUUUGAGGAAAGCUACAAACUAUUUAACGUUGAUUGGGCGCUGGAUCCGCCACUUGAUACUGAAUUCGACAGAGUUAUUGGCGACGCAUUGAUUGCUGAGGCUAAAGAAAUUGCUGGCAGGUGGGUAGAGUUUUGCAAGCCGGAAUUUGAAUACAAACCAUUGCCAGAUCUUUCGCUCCACAAGCCACUGAAAAACUACUCGUGGCUAGAACUCGGAGAAAGUCUUGUAGAUAUGCAUAAAUAUAUGAGUGAUAAUAAUUUAAAUUUUAUCAGUAAAAUAAAAUUAGAUAUUCAAACUGAUGAUACUGAGGCAUUGGCUAAUCAAAAUAGUACAGAAGCUGAAGAAAAAGGGGAGAAUUCUGAGAUGGUUGUGGACAUCAGUUCUGAGUUGGAGAGCGUUACUGAUGCUGAGAUGGAUGUGAAAGGUGAGCAUCGUGAUUCAGGAGAAAACGAUGAUGAUCAAGAGGUACCGGAUGUUAAAUUAGACAGCGAAAUGGAUGUGGAUGGCGACGAUGAAAAAUCUAGCUCAAGUGAUGUUCAUAUUAUUGAAGAUGAGGAUCCGUUGAAGAUGGAAUCAGAUAUCGAGCAGGUAGAUCAGACUGAAAAUAAACUUCAAGAUAACAUUACGUUUCACAACAGCGCUGCUUAUGAUGAGGUUGAAAUUUUAAAGUCAAGUGAGAGCGCCAAUGAAAAUACUGAGAAGUCUAUUGAAGAGAUACAAGACAAGAGUGAUAGUAAAGUUGAAUCAGCUGACAAAAAUGAUGGAAAGUCAGUGGAAAAAUGUGGUGACAAACCGUCCAAGUCGGAUGACAAACCCAGUGAUAAGUCUGAGGGUAAGGAAGAACAGCAGAAAGUUAAGAAAAGACGGAGAAGUUCUUUGUGUUUUUUGCAGCAGUGGGCUUGGAGUAGCAGCAGCAUGAGAAGGUCAGCUAGGGUACGCGGUUCUAAUAGAAGAGAAGCUGAGCGAGAUGACGUCCAGCUAGAAGAAAUGGUACGAAGAAUAUUCCCGCCUCAUUUACUGCCCGACACGGCUAAAAUAGUUCGAGAUGAUCCUACCAAAAGUAUGGACGAUUCUAUGGAUACUAUGGACCUGUAUCAGCUGUUUGAGCGUCAAGAAAAUGUUAACAACGAAGAGAGCAAAAGUUCGAGUCCAGCUCCGUCUCCCGACUCCGACGUCCAAAAGUACUUUGGAACCGAGAAUGAAAGAAAUCAAGUCGUUGAUUUCGUCAACCAGCACAGCGGGAAAAAUAACCUGAUGAUAAUUAUCGCCAAGUACACAGAAUUCAUGAGUACGAAGUGGAAUCACGAGUGGCCAAAAGAACUGCCGGAAAUUUAUACACAAGCUUAUUUGUUUACUCGCGAACAUAUCCCACACUCUUCGCCUUUCGGCGACACUUCUGAGGAGGAUUCUGUAUUGAAAUAUGACGCCGAAAUGACUUUGUUAUUUAGCGAACUGCAUACUGAUAAAUGGCUAGACAAUAAACCAGAAGUUUUACCAUCCGCGACAGUUGACAAGUUCGGGACUGGGAUCCCGUCUGAAGAACUUGGAUAUAUUAUUUUUGCAAGUGUUCGUGACAAUUUAUUGAAUGAGGAAAAUUUAAUAUUUUUAUUGCGAGUAUUGUGGGUAAAAGCAAGUAUUUUUUUGUGCCAAGGUGAUACUGAGAUAGCCAAAAAAAGUUUAGAGCUUCUUCUUCAUGAUAUGGAGGAAUUCAAACAGUAUUUUCCAACGCUAUUAGUUAAAUUACCAAACUGUAAACACAAUUCUCGAAUUGCUUUGCCCAUAGUACAAAAAAGAUUGACCUCAAUUGAGCGUGGGCAGAAACUUGGGGAAGUACAAAAACUUCAUGAGGAAAAAAAAUUUUAUGAACUGUCUCUUAUACUCAAGGACACAUUCAAGUUUGCCAAACAACAAAACGAUUCAUUGACAAAUGUCAAACUGAAUAUUGAUCGUAAAAAGCAACUGUCGAUGUUGCUGGAGAGCUUGUGGCAACUGGAACAGUAUGAAGAUUGUUUUGUCUGGGCUGAAACUUGUCUGCACGAAGCCUGGCAAUGUUAUAAUAGUUGUUCAGACGAGACUGAUCAGAAAAAGUGGGCCUCUAGUGUAUUAAACUGCUUAGAAAAAUUAGAAUCUUGCGUCGAUAUUUCUGGGUCAUCAGUAGUAAGAUACUUGGCUGAGACAAAAGCCACCAGACUAGUUCAGACAUUGGUCCAGAUACUUUGUCAUCAGUUGGACGUACCAGAUACAGCAGUGGAGAUGCCAUUGGAGUCUGUCACGCCUUGGAUUCUGUUGCAUCACAUUCUUCAGUACGAAGAUGACCGCGAGCGUGCGAAAUCGCGUACUACUUCUAAGUCAAAAGCAGCCGAUGACCCAGAGUCCGAUUCUGAUGACGAAGACAAAGACAUUCCCGCGCCUAUUAUGCUGCUUUUCGUCGGUCAUGACUUUCUGGGUCGCCAUUCUUGGUGUUGUAUUAACGAAGCUAAGCUUUUACUUUUUACAAUAAAAACAGUGGUACCGAGAAUGUGCAGCGCACGAUAUACUGCAGUGCGUGAAAAAAUUACCAAGCACUUGGAAAAAAUGUUUUGGUGUCUUUACGGUCAUCCUAAUAGAGCCAACAAAACGAAACCUAAACAUUUAGAGGAUCAUGGAGUACCACAAAUUCCGUUGACAUGGGAAAUUGCUCAACUACUUUUUGAAUUUUAUAAGCCAGAUGUCUUACCGGAAUUUGAUACUCCCCGCGCUAUGUCAAUAAGCGCGGAUACUAAAAUUCUUUUUAAAAAAAUAAAUUCACUGGUACCACGGGAUCACGAUCCGAGUGGAAUAGUCGAUGAAAUAAAUUCUUAUAUCGUGGGUGACAUAGAAAAAAUGCCAAAAGUAAAAAAACCACUGCCAUAUCAGAUCGAUUCUCUGUACUAUCUUCUAGGUGAUUACUCAUUUAAGAACAACAAUUGGCUGUCUGCCGCAAAAUAUUAUUCCAUGGACGUUUGUCUGCAUCCUGAUGCUUUUAAUUCAUGGGUAGCACUUGCUAUGUCCGUUAGCACACUCAUGGGAACUACAUUAAACAACUGUAAACCACUUUCAGACAUUACUAAACUACUGUCACAAGCUAAAAUCGCCCAGUGUUGUUAUCAACACGCGGUGGAAUUAAAACCAGGUCACAGUGUCAUCUGGAUUGAGUACGGCAACUUUGUCUAUAUGGUUCAUUCAUUUUGCUCACGUCUACUGAAGCAAGAAUCAGACACUCUCAGUAUGGAGAAGUUUGAAAUCCUCGAAAAACGAAAAGAAGACACCCUGGAUAUCGCUGCGAAUUGUUUUAAUUCCGCAAAUCGUAUCUACUUGGCAAACAUCGAUGAUGCAGCGCAGAUGCAAGACGAGAGGUGGUUGUACCAUUACAUGCUUGCGAAAAUUUCAGAGAAAAAAAAUCAUGACCCUCCAGUAUUCUUAGAACACUAUGGUACAGCCAGCGAGCUGUUACACAGAAAUAACGCUCACUAUCCGAAAAAAAUUAGUCAUAAAAAUGCUCAUUAUUUGUCAAUUGAAGCGCUGGAAGUGCAUUAUCGUAUACACGCAAGUAUUUUGAAGUAUCUGGAGCAGCAUGAGAGUAAACCACUUAAAAAAUCGUUGGGUCAGUUGUUUUGGAAGCACUUGUUAGAUUGUGCUAGCGGACCAUUCAUGCAGUUCCAAUCUAAAUUAAGUAAAAAUAAACGUCGAGACGAAUCAAAUUCUGAUGAUAUUGAUUAUAAAAUUCCUGUCAAAGAGACUGUUGAAAAUACGGAGGUUGUUCCAAAAAGCCGUACCAAUUCAGAAAAACGUCCGAAUAGCAUUGAAGAGAUUGCCGUUGUAGAGAAAACUACUGAAACAAAUAAAUUGAAAACUGAUAAAAAAAGACCGCGAGAGCCAGUACCCGAUGAAUCGUCGAAAAGAAUUAAAAUGGGGAAUGUUUCGCACUUACAGUUGAUGCACGACGUUUUAAGUCUUAUUGACGAUUUAAUUAAUAAUGUCUGCGACGUCGUGACCCAGAAUGAAUCGACUCAAAAAGAUUCUCAUGAAGUUAUGGUAAUAUCGAGUGAUGAAGGUGAUUGCGCAAGAACUUCAAAAACUCGCAAUGAGUAUGAAAAGACUCGUGCCAUGGAAAAGAGGUGCGAGGAAGAUGGUAAAAGUAAAAAUGCUCAAGAAAUAAUGAAUACAUUAAUGAAACAAAAUGCGGAAUAUAAUAAAACUCAGUCAUCAUUUCAUGAUAAUAAUCAAGAUGUCAAUAAAAAUGAUAGUAAAUGGCAACAGGCUGAUGAUGUGCAGUCUAAUGAAGAUUCUCAUGCCAACAAAGAUAAAGAUGAUAAAGUAAAUGAGAAAAAAAAGAGUCAAAGUAAUUCGACGAAAGAAGAAGCCACGAUAAGUCGACGCGGUUCGCAAGAAAGUACGACGACGACAUUAACUACGAGCACAACGGAAACAAAUAAUUCGAGUUACAGUAGCAGUGAUGAGUCCAGUAGCAGCAGUGAUGACAGCUCAAGUAGUGACAGCUCAAGUGACAGCGAUAGUGAAUCUAGCGACAGUGAUGCUGAAAAGAAAAAAUCCAGUCCAAGUCCUGUCCAAGAAAAAGAGGAAUAUUAUACGGAAGGAGAGGUCGCAAGAUUAAUUUCAUAUUGUCUAGCUGGACUAGAACAAUGUGUUUUACGUUUUCCUGAGCAUUACAAAUCUAUCUACCGCCUUUGUCAUUUUUACUUCAACCACAAGACAGCCAAAGACAACGACAAGUGUCGUGACCUUCUGCUGGGUACAUACAAAUGUCAAUACUAUGCGGAGCUCAGUUUCCAAGGACUUUUUGCUGACAGGAAAACUACAAACUUCUUUAAUGGGGUUUGGAGAAUUCCAAAUGAUGAAAUUGAUCGUCCAGGAAGCUUCGCAUCGCACAUGUCGCGGUGUGUUCACUUGUUGAUGCAGGUACUCAAGGAAACGGAUGAUAGCCGCAUGUUGAUGGAACUGUGCAUUCAAUUGCGAAAAACUCCUGACGCUGAUAAAAAAUAUGUACGAGAUUCAGAACGCGAGCAGCUGUCCCGGCAGGCGUUAACGCUUUGUUUACAGUCAUUACGAACACGUGUUCAGGCUAUGGGUCCUUCAAAUCCUAACGACAGCACACAGCUCUGCCGGAUGGAUCCUAGAACCCGUGUGCUAUUGGACGUUUAUAAAAUUUAUCAGCAGGUGUCAAAGAACUUCCAGGGCAAAGAAGUCCAAGCUUUUGCUACUUUACUUGUCGAUACUUACAAAGCUUACAGAGAUAUGAAAACAUCUGCGGGUAAUCUUCUGGAAGACGCGAUGCGCUUCUGUCAACAGCAGAAUCUUGCUAAUAAAAUAGUGGCCAAUCAAACGUCACAACAAACUCAAAAUCUAAAUCAAAAUCAAACUAUUCCAACACCGCCAGUCACUUCUGCUGUCACUUUUACCCCAGUGACGCAGUCUCAACCAAUUCCUACAUCUCCUCAGACGUUCCAGCAGCGUAAAACUAACAAGAAUCCAGGAACUGGUAGACCACGUGGUCGUCCACCGAAUGUCAACAAAUAUUAUCAAAAUAUAAUGAACUCUUAUAGCAACAAUAAGAGAGGAUUUGGAAAUUUCCUCGGUACAAGUAAUCAACCUCUGAUGAAUCCAUUUUUUAUGAACCCUCUUAUGGAUCAGACUGCUAUGAUGUCAAUGCUGUCUUCGGGACUGGCUAAUCCUAAUAUGAUGGAUUCAUUAACGGCAGUCAAUUACUUGAAUCAAAUGGGAAACUAUCAAGAUCUUUUACGGCAAUGUCAAAGUAAUUUAACGUCAAUGCCCGUUGGUUCUCUUGGUAACUUUGGAAAUCUUCCUACAAGUUUGCCUAAUGUCAGCAGCGUACCCACAAUGACAACCAGUUCAAUGGGUUCUGUUCCUUCAGUCAGCUCUAGUAAUCUCGGAGCUAUGAGCAGUCUUGGUAAUUUAACUGUCCAACAAUUUUUAAAUCUCAGUGCUGCUGCCACUGCUGUCACUACUGCCACUACAAGUUCUGCAGCAUACAAUCAAUCAAACUUUAAAACAACGACUGCAAGUACCAAUAAAGAGCUGCCUCACGGAAUUUCAAUUUCAGCUAUUGGAGGUACUGCUCAGCAACAAAAAACAAAAACAAAACAUUCGUCAGUUAAUUCCGAUUUGAAUGUACAUAGUUCAAAAAGUAUGUCAACAUCACAGCAGCCAAAAGCUACAGCUCCAAAUACUCAAGUUUCGCUGCUAAAGCCAUCGGUUAUUCAACAAACAAAAACAGCCCCUCCGAAGCAGGUGUCUGCGCCACAAAUUCGUGUUUCGAAAAGUUUAACUGAACCACAGCCUGCUCACAGUUCAUCAUUAUCAGUAUCACCGUUGAAAAGUGCCAGCCCCUCGGGUAUAAUGAAUAUUCCUCCGCCUCACCAAAAUUUAGGUAACUCUGGUCUCAAUAUUACGCCUGUUCCAAUGGGCCUGCCUUCACGGAGUGGAACGUCCUUGCAACACAAGCUGCAGUUGAAGAAGCAAGCUCAGCAAGCACCUCCUAAUCCCAUUAAAAAGCAGCGUCCAUCCAGCAAAACCGCCCAAGCUGUAAAUAAUAUAUCAAACGUUCUAAAAAUGCCUAAUUCCACGGUGAUGAUGGGCGUUCCUUACUUAUCAACUGAUCUAAGCGGAAUUUCCGUCAGUCCAGUGAAUUCAUCAAGUUCUAAGCCUCCAGUGAAGCCGACGAGCUUCCGCAAAAGCACAAGCAAGCCUAAAUCCUCGGUGGAGAUGACAAGCGCAAUGCCGGCUUCAUUGUCACAGUCCAGCACUGUCGAGACUAUCAACAUGCUUACGCAGCUUCAACAGCACUCACACUUGGAAAUAAUCCCCCAGGCUAAGACUCAUUCCAAGUCCACUGAUUACAUUAAAAAUCCUCCGCUGUCACUCAGUGUCGUGCCACCCAAAGCUGCGGAUAACAUUCGGUCUACAAUUGCCGAUACCGUCACCAUGUUCGAUAUUCCUCGAGGAAAAACAAGCAGCUCCACGUCGAAAGCUGAUAAACAUGCUAAAGAAAGUGUUGAAAUAAUAACUUUAGAUGAUUAAACUCAGUUUUAUAAAUUUAACCAGAAUAAUUAAUUGUCUCGUCUUAUAAUUUGUUAAAUAUUUAAUGUGAUAUAAAAAAUUUUUAAAUUAGAUUUAUUGUAAAGCUUCAAUGUCAAAUUAUUUAUUUAAAAUUUUUCGAAUAAACAUACAUAUUAUAUA